UGUGAAAACGGUAAAACUUGCGUAAACGGUGUAUGCGUCGAUUGCGUGCAUGACUCAGAUUGUGCCGACGACAGUUUGAUAUGUAGUUCUGGUCAAAUUACUGCUGUUUACAGAGCUGCAGGUACAUGCAUUAAAAAUUGGGAAUUCUGCAACAUGUAUGACAAAUCUACCUUGUCCUCUAAACUGCAAUUGUUGCGCACUUUUUGCGAAAAAUAUCCAAUUGCCUUAGAAAAACCCAAGCCAGCUCAUCCAGAGACUCUUGAAGAAUAA